UUGUCGAGUAAACCUGACCUCCCUACGGUUUUUAUUCCUUCUGUGAAUCUGUUUGCUUUUUUUUCCCCUUCACGAGCCACUUCAUGCGUGAAGUGUUUUGUUGAGCGAGUGGUCUAACAGGUGCGCGGACGAGCUCUUCUAGGUGAACUUUUUUUUUUUUUUAAUUUACUUUGCACAACCUACCUGAGUUGUGUUUCCUCUCUGCAUGCCUCCAUUCCUCUCCACCAUGGAUUUGGUUUGGAUUGUGGGCUGCGUUGUGAGCGUGUGCGCCUGGUUUGCUUCAGCGGAGCGACACAGCGUCUACUGGAACAGCACCAACCCAAAGUUUCUAUGGGACGACUACACCGUGGAGGUGAAGCUCAAUGACUACCUGGACAUCGUCUGCCCCCAUUACCCUCAAGGUGAGGUACCGCUGCUGGAUGCCGAGCGAUACGUGCUCUACAUGGUGGAGCGCGAAGACUACGAAUCCUGCAAGCCCCAGUCAUACGACCAGAUGCGUUGGGAGUGUGGCCAUCCAUUUGCUCCUCACGCCCCGGAGAAGUUCUCGGAAAAGUUUCAGCGCUUUACUCCGUUUACUCUGGGAAAAGAGUUCCGCCAAGGAGAAAGCUACUAUUAUAUCUCCAAACCUUUGCACCACCACGGACAGGAGUGCCUCAGGCUCAGGGUGGACGUUGUAGCUGCUGAUGGCUCUCAAGAGGCCAGAGUGGCUAAAGGAGGCACAGGUGGGACUGGAGUUGGAGCUGGGGGUGGGGUUCACAACCCGUCCAACAGACUGCCUGCAGCAGAUGACCCAGUGGUAAUCCUGCCAGAAGUCCAGAAGAGCGUACGGUCGAGCUCUGCAGUGACAGCUACAUCCCUCUCAAUCCUUUCAUUGCUAGUCCCAUUUUCAUUACUGCUAUUGUUGCACUGAGAGUACAUGAAAGGACUGCUGUUGGCAGACAUUUUUUCUUUCAGGGACUACAGUGAAGACAGUCCGUGGGGAUGAAACCACUGACUCAAAAAGACAGUUUUCCAUGCCCAGUGCUGGCCACAGGGAGAGACUUUGAAGCUUGUAAAGUACAGAUGGACUUGCUUGCACUAUACGUGCUGAGUAACUCCUGAGCAUUUAAGACAAAGCAUGUGUGCUGCGUCUUAUUUUUCAAAAGGUGACAGUAUUUUUUCUUGGAAAGACCAAGCUCUCCUUGAUUUGUAUUUUUAGGGCUCUCUCUAAAAAAACCUCUGAGGAUGAUAACGCUAGCGGAGUUGAAGAGGAAGUGGCCGAAGAACAAUCAAGAGCAAAGACAACAACUCUGUUUGAAUUAUAUAAAUGUAGAUGGGAUGAAUCCACAUUCAAUGGAAAAGUAAUCUCUUACCUUUUGAGCCAAAGAUCAGUCAUCUCUCCAACUUGUACACUAUUCCACCCUUGAGUAUUGUGUACUAUUUGUUGUAUUGUUAUCGUAAUGGUAUUGAGUGGCAUUGAUGUCCCAAGUGAUUACUUUCUCUAAAUGUAGCAUUGACAGACACGGGGGCCGUUCUCAUGACUACCAUUCCUUUGCGACCAUGUGCUUAUAUACUGUAGCACUAAUACUGCACAGUACAGACACACCAACAUACACUCCACAACAGUGUUAUACACACACACACACACACACACACACACACACAGACGUCACAUGACAUUAGACAUGAAAACACACUACAUUGAACUGUGUUACGUGUACAUUCUGUGAAGAUAAUUUAUGACAUUUGCAGCUGAGAAGUUUUACUGUACAUACCAUGUGCUCACGAAAAGAAAUGUUUACUGUUGGCAUCGGGCGGGUUUUUUUCCUCGCUCUCCUGGUAGAGUUAGUAUUUGUGUGAAAGAGAAAAUGUGUGAGUUGAAGUGAGAGUCAGAAAAGGGAGGGAUUGAUUUGGAAGAGUGAUGAUACAAAAUGUUUUUUUCUGCCAAAAGCAAACACUGAGAUGUUGUGUGUAUCACAGAGAGGCUGGACUUCUCUGUUUGUUGGAUCUUGCCACUGUAUCAGUUAAACUGUCUGACAUGAAGUGCUGGUAUCAAAUGUUUCAUUACUACAGGACCUGACCCUGUGUAUCAUGGUGCUUUCCUUCAUGUUUUCAACACAAGCAUAUAUUUCUUAACGCAUAGUGCAGUUAUCUAGACUUUCAGAAUGGUUAUCACAGUUUUGGAUGAUUAGAAAAUGUUUUAGUCACCAGUACACAGACAACAGAAAAGACACGGCAUCACACCGAGUUGCCAAGCACAUCUUUACCUGACAGGCUGGCUUGAUGAACAAAGCACAACAGUGUAUGACUACCAUUGAAGUCAGUCUUUUUUUUAUCUGAAUUCUUGUUACCUAAUUUUGUACAUGUGUAAGUAUGAAAAGUGUAUGAUAUGUACAUAUAUACAUAUAUAUAUAUAUAUAGAAGAUUAUAUAAAAAGACCCGUUUGAUAAAUAUGCUAAAUGUGAAAAUUUCAUGU